AUGACGAAUAAAGGCCUUGCAUACGCCCUCCAGAAGCACAUAAAGAGAGAGGUUUUGGAGAGUGCAGAAUUUGCCGUUCUUAUGGCCCGGGUGCAAUUUCUGAGCGAGUACUCGCUUGUAAAGUACCUUUUAAGCCCCCUGUGUGCGCAUGUAAAAACCGCUGUGAAAAGUGCCGUGGGGGUGGGAAGUGUCUCCAUCCGCGCGCUGGAUGCAGCUUCUGAGGGGGUUCUUGCAGGAGGCGAGUUUCUUAUAGAUGGAGCAGUCAAUGCAUCUUUUGGGCGAGCGGAGGAUUUAGUGCACGGCCUUUUUCUGGGCUUGGGGAGAUGCUUCUGGAGGGGACGGCCGUACGAGAGAGAGUUUUCGCCCAAAAAGAGCCUGGAAAAGCUGCGCCAUGCUCUGGACUCCCGGGAGAGCGCGCAGGAGUUUGUGGUUUCUGCCUUGGAGGGCGCGCGAUACGACGACCUUCUGCAGGAGUAUGCCCCGUACACGUGGCAAACACUGCGGGAGGGAUACUCGCGGGGUGUUCUUUUGGACGUGGAGGGAGUCUCCCAGGAGGGGGGCCGGGUGGAGUUCGACGCAUAUUUCUACGACGAGCCGAACGACGCCAUACGGAAAAAGCACUCCGCAUGGCAAAUAAAAAGCACGGACGAAAAGGGCCAGAGGCCAACUAUUUAUAAGGCAGAAAUAAGCGACGUGGAAUGA